AUAAGAAUAUGUGCCUCUAAGAAGUGUGAAAGUAGUUAUUCUAAUAUUUUUUUUGUAUUAAAUAAGUCUUGUAUAAAAAAAAUCUUCUAAUACUAUACGUUUUAACCUCGGUUACUCGGUUUUAAUUUUUUAACACAUCGAGAAAUUUAAGUACAUUUAUCAAAAGUUACUAACUUGUUUUCACAUUUUUUUCUUACAUUGUUGUACUCAUAAAACACUAAAAUGCUAUUUUUUUUAUUUUGGUGAAUGUUUUUACUUUCUACAAAUACACGCUUCUAACGAUGUAAUAUAAUUUUUGGCUUGUUUUUGCCAGAGUAAAUUUCACCCAUUCAUUUAUGUCAUCGCAUGGUACUGAAUAGAAAUUUCUAUACCUAUGGUUAAUUUAUAAACAAUAAAAACCAUAGUUCCCCUUUUAUUAAAGUAGGACAUCAUGACCAGCAUCGCAUGUAUACCAUCAUUUGUGAUCUUCACUUCUGUUUUUGGACACGGAAAUGAUAGUCCCAGCGUUUGUGCCCAUUUUUCUGACUGCAGUUUUAACAGAAUCGAUCGUCAGUGGAUAUUGUGACAACUCGACCAAGGAAAUGGUAUCGAUAAAAUUAUACAGAGACAUCAAAUAUUUUAUCCUUCCAACUUCGGACGAACCUGUGGUAACGUGGAUGGACAUUCAGAAAGGAAUUUACCCAAAUACCUCGCAUAUUGAAUCACAACUAGAAGUCGGGGAACCAAUUACGGUUUUCAUUUAUUUAAAAGAUCCAAGCAAUUUGUACGACAUUAUGGUGAAUGACUGUUGGGCCUUUGACGACCAAAAUUACGAAACGGCCAAGAACAAAUUACAUUUAACGGAAGAACACUCCAGGAGGAAACGCAAACUUAUAGAUAAAUGGUAUAAAAGUGACAAACUUAAAGGAAGCAGCCUGAAAUGCUUUCUGUAUACAGACAUGCCGUCCUUUAAAUUCCCUGAUAAAGAUCAGGUGUUUAUGAAAUGUGAUAUUCAGUUAUGCUUCAAAAGUUGUGACAAACUUAAAAAAAUAAUAACUUAAAAUUUGUGCUUACAAACUAUUGUGUAAAUUAAGAGACUCAGUAAAAACCCUCAUCUUCUUCAGUGUUCAUGUCACUAGAUUCAAUAACGUUGACCAACAUGUGUUUUGGAAUUUCAGAUCCUCUUAUUUGUAUAUUGUAACACACAAGUUCCAUUUUAGCCAGGCUUUGUUUCAGAACGUAUGUUUUACGACCCAUUUCUUUAGCUCCUGGAUUUAUAAUGCCUAGAAUAAAAUAACAUUUUGUAUAUUUUUUUACACAAAUACACUUUUAUUCUUG